AGGUGUGGGGACGUGGCCUGGGGCUACCUGGGGAGUUACCCAGCUGAUGGCUGAGGAAGGCAGCAGCUGGUGGGACCGUCAGGCACGUGCCAUGAGCAGGCUUCACGCGUUGCCACUGAGAACUUCCUCCUUGUCUACAGCCUCCCUGCCAGCCCACGAGAGGAAAGGCAGUGAGUCGGAUGGCUCAGCUGGAUCUGGCCUCCACGUUUCCUCAGAUGACAGCGGUCAGAUGUACAACUGCCUGCACUGACAACUGUAGCUUGAAAAACAUAACUGAAGAAAUGGGAACCAGUAGUAAUGAUGAAUUAUCAGUGAAUGCUACAAGUGGGAGCAGGAGAUUAUCAGAGGAUGUGUCACUGUCUGGCAGGGCAGUGAGUGAUCAGAACAGCGUAGCACAGCCCAGCAAGCUGUUUGAUCUCAAGGCAGAGUAUGUUGGUGUGACUUCUGUCAACUUAACCUGGACAGUGAACGACACAGCAUCAGACACCUACAGAUACAGAAUAGAGGUUAGAAAUGGGCCCUCCGUUAGCAACGAGACAUCAAAUAUCACUGAAACUGAAAUUACUGGCUUAACCCCUGGGACGCCGUACACUUUCACAGUCUUUGCAGUAGCAGCUGAUGGUGAGACAGAAGGAGCAUCCAUAAGCCUGUAUACAAAGCCCAGUGCGGUGCUUGAUCUCAAGGCAGAGUAUGUUGGUGUGACUUCUGUCAACUUAACCUGGACAGUGAAUGACACAGCGUCAGCCUCCUACACGUAUAGGAUAGAGGUUACAAGUGUCUCUUUUAAUGACAACCUGACAUCGAACGUCACGAUGGCUGAGAUUACUGGAUUAAUCCCUGGGACAUUGUACAAUUUUAAGGUCUUUGCAGUAGCAGCUGAUAAUCAUACAGAAGGAGAAGGAGCAUCCAUUAGCCUGUAUACAAAGCUCAGCCCCGUGCUUGAUCUCAAGGCUGAGUAUGUUGGUGUGACUUCUGUCAACCUAACCUGGACAGUGAAUGACACAGCUUUGACUGCCUACACGUACAGGAUAGAGGUUAGGAGUGCUAAUUCCGUUAGCAACGAAACGUCAGAUAUCAACAAAAUUGAAAUCACUGGGUUAAUCCCUGGAACAUCCUAUAACUUCAAAGUAUUUGCAACACCAGUCAACAGUACAACUGAAGAAGAAGGAUUGUCCUUAAACUUGUACACAAAGCCCAGCCCGGUGCUUCGUGUCAUGGCAGAGUAUGUUGGUGUGACUUCUGUCAACUUAACUUGGAUAGUGAAUGACACAGCUUCGGACACUUACAGAUACAGAAUAGAGGUUAGCAAUGGGCACUCCGUUAACAAUGAAACAUCAAAUAUCACUGAAACUGAAAUUACUGGCUUAACCCCUGGGACGCCGUACACUUUCACAGUCUUUGCAGUAGCAGCUGAUGGUGAGACAGAAGGAGCAUCCAUAAGCCUGUAUACAAAGCCCAGUGCGGUGCUUGAUCUCAAGGCAGAGUAUGUUGGUGUGACUUCUGUCAACUUAACCUGGACAGUGAAUGACACAGCGUCAGCCUCCUACACGUAUAGGAUAGAGGUUACAAGUGUCUCUUUUAAUGACAACCUGACAUCGAACGUCACGAUGGCUGAGAUUACUGGCUUAACCCCUGGGACGCCGUACAUUUUCACAGUCUUUGCAGUAGCAGCUGAUAAUCAUACAGAAGGAGAAGGAGCAUUCACAAGCCUCUACACAAAGCCGACACGAGUAUUUGAUCUCAAGGCAGAGUAUGUUGGUGUGACUUCUGUUAACUUAACCUGGACAGUGAAUGACACAGCGUCAGACACCUACAGAUACAGAAUAGAGGUUAGAAAUGGGCCCUCCGUUAGCAACGAGACAUCAAAUAUCACUGAAACUGAAAUUACUGGCUUAACCCCUGGGACGCCGUACACUUUCACAGUCUUUGCAGUCGCAGCUGAUGGUCAGACGGAAGGAGAAGGAGCAUCCAUAAGCUGGUAUACAAAGCCCAGCAACGUGAUUGAUCUCAAGGCAGAGUAUGUUGGUGUGACUUCUGUUAACUUAACCUGGACAGUGAAUGACACAGCAUCAGACACCUACAGAUACAGAAUAGAGGUUAGCAAUGGGCCCUCCGUUAACAAUGAAACAUCAAAUAUCACAGAAACUGAAAUUACUGGCUUAACCCCUGGGACGCCGUACACUUUCACAGUCUUUGCAGUAGCAGCUGAUGGUGAGACGGAAGGAGAAGGAGCAUCCAUAAGCCUGUAUACAAAGCCCAACAAGGUGUUUGGUCUCAAGGCAGAAUAUGUUGCUAUGACUUCUGUCAACUUAACCUGGACAGUGAAUGACACAGCAUCAGCCUCCUACACGUACAGGAUAGAGGUUGCACGUGAAAGUCUAAUUAACAAGACCACAUCAGUAGUCACUGAAAGUAUUGUAACCAGUUUAAUCCCUGGGACCUCUUACAAUUUCACGGUCUUUGCAAUAGCGGCUGAUGGUCAGACGGAAGGAGAAGGAGCAUCUAUAAGCCAAAAUACAAUUCCUUCCUCAGUGAGUUCAUUUCAGUGUGAAGCAGUGGCUAAUACAUCUUACCUAAUGCUGAAGUGGGACUGUCCUUAUGGCGGCUACUCUGGCUUUGAUAUCGAAAUAUUUAAUGAUACUUGGACAAAAAAUGAGCACAGUCAAUUCUGUGGGAGAGAAGGCUCAGAAGAAAGCUUCAUAACACAACCUUUAGAUUAUUACAAAACCUAUACUGUUAAUAUUACAACUGUUUCAGAAGAUUUAACAAGUCUUCCAGUGCAGAUAAUAUGUAAUACAAGCAUUACAGAUCCACCUGUUCCAAACGAAGCUCCUGUAGUCAAGGCAGUCAGUCACAACUCACUGACUGUUGAGUUUCCUGACUUUGAGUCAGUGAAUGGACCAUUAAAAGCUUAUGCAGUAAUGAUCAUAACUGAAGCAGGAGGUUGUUGGCCUUCAAAGUCUGAUUUGAGCUACACAUACAACGAUUUCAAGCAGAAGAUGACAGCUACCUAUGUGACAUAUGUCAUAGACGUAGAGGAGAUGACAUCUUUCAAUUCUCAGAAUGGGCACAACAUUGUUGAUGUAGGCAAGGGAAACACCAUGUAUGGCUAUGAAAAUGGACCGUUGAUUCCUCUUCAUUCGUACAGGGCAAGUGUUGCAGGUUUCACUAACAUAAACUUUACUGUGGCCAACAAAAUUAUGGGAGAACAAAGUUAUGUGUCGUUUUCACGGUGUUCCGAGGUGGUUUCAUUACCCCAGGAUCCAGGUGUUAUUGCUGGAGCCGUUAUUGGAUGCCUUUUAGCUAUAUUGGCUGUAGUAGCUAUAGGGGGUUACAUAUUCUGGAGGAGGAGAAGGAAAGAUAAAAGAAAUACUGAAGUGUCUUUUUCUCCAAUUAAAUCAAAAAUGAUUAAAGUAGAGAACUUUGAGUCCUACUUUAAGAAGCAGCAAGCAGACUCCAACUGUGGUUUUGCUGAAGAGUAUGAGGAACUCAAGUCUGCUGGUGUUCAUCAGCCCAAAUUUGCUGCUGAAAUUCCUGAGAACAGAGGGAAAAAUAGAUACAACAAUGUCUUACCAUAUGAUAUUUCUCGUGUUAAACUUUCAAAUCCUAGCUGUGCAACUGAUGAUUAUAUUAAUGCAAACUAUAUGCCUGGAUAUAGCUCAAAGAAGGCAUUUAUUGCUGCACAAGGCCCUUUACCCAAUACUAUAGAAGACUUCUGGCGCAUGAUUUGGGAAAAGAAUAUCUACUCUAUUGUCAUGUUGACAAAAUGUGUUGAGCAGGCCCGGACGAAAUGUGAGCAAUACUGGCCAGACAAACAAUCUAAGAGUUACGGUGACGUUAUUGUGACAAUGGUCUCGGAAGUUGUUCUUCCAGAAUGGACAAUAAGGGACUUCAAUGUAGAAAACGCUGACACACUGGAGAGCCACACAGUGCGUCAGUUCCAUUUUACAUCCUGGCCAGAUCAUGGAGUGCCAGAGACAACAGACCUGCUAAUCAACUUUAGACAUCUUGUUCAUGAAUACAGCAGUCAGAAUCCUAUUGACUCUCCUAUUCUAGUGCACUGCAGUGCUGGUGUUGGGAGGACAGGAACAUUUAUUGCCAUUGACCGCCUGAUUCAGCAGAUUGAAAUGGAGAAUACUGUGGAUGUGUAUGGAGUGGUGUAUGAUCUUCGAAUGCACCGACCUCUAAUGGUGCAAACUGAGGACCAAUAUGUCUUCCUAAACCAGUGCGUCAUGGAUAUUAUUAGAUCACAGAAAGAGAAGAAAACAGACCUUAUUUAUCAAAACACAACAGCAAUGGCAAUCUAUGAAAAUUUCACACCUGGACCAGCUUUUGGGAAGGCUAAUGGCUAUCAUGCGUAACCAGGACACAACGCAGUCUCCAGGAGUUGCUGUCUGUGCAUGAGAAAGGGAGAUGUUCUUACAUUUUCCAGGAUUGUGUGCAGUGUCUCGUGUCUGGUUUCUCCAGUUCUGUCCUCAUAUGAAGAAGUGAUCUUCUGGAGGAAAAAAAAAGACAAUACUGGCAGGAGCCAUGGAUCGAUAAAAAAGAAAAACUAUUUAAAGUUAACAGAGGAAUUCUGAUUUUUCUUGGGAAUUUAACAGUACUGAUAGGUGAAAUAGCAUUUGCAGUGCGAACAAGGAACUAGAAUUUAAAUAUUAAAAUAAUAACACAAGCUUUUUAUUACAAUUUUAUAUGAUUUCAUUUACAGACAACAGGCUUGUGGGCUGUUUUAAUAUAUUUAAUUAUAAGUUUUGGGAACAUAUUUUAUCUGCUGUAUCUGGUUACCUAGCUAAUAGAUAUGUGCCUCUGUGAUUUAUUUUUUUUUUUCUGAAUUUUCCUUUUUAUUUAAAAAAGGAGUACAAACACCUCCUCCAAAUGGACAUUUGUACUUGGAAAUUGUGCCUUUUCUAGUUGCUACUCUAGAAAAAAAAAAAAAAAAACAAACAGCAGAGAUUCUAUUUUUGUACUGAAACUCUUGAAAUGAGAACACAGAUUUUUAAAUAAGGCUUAUGUCAAACUUAACUGUAGUUGCACUGUUGGCAGGACUCUCCAGAAGUUUGGAGGUGAGCUUUGUUUUUGCAUUUCACCACAAAUAUCCCCUGCCUUAAUGUUUUGGUGCCUCUGCUAGAGGAAAAGGAGUGUGAUGUGUCACUCAGAGCUUUAACUGUAGUGAAAAACUGAGCAAGUGUGUACAUGGAUGUGUGUGCAGGGGUGUGUGUGGGUGUGUAUGAAGGACAGAAUAGCUCCUCCCUGGUCCUGGUUGAUAUUCCUGUUUUUAUACAAUGAUGAUUUAUUUAAAGGUGCAAUAUAUGAUUUACUGAAUAAUGAUUGCUCUAUUCUAAUAGAGUUUUACUCAGGUUCGUGUCUUUUUAUCAUUGUUGUUGUUUUUCCUCAGAUGUAUAAAUCUGUGAAAAUGCUGAACUAAGUUUCCAAGUGUCCAAGCGCUCCCAAACAGAUUGACUGGCUUUACUGAUACUACCAAAAUGAAUUGCACAAAAUUCUGCUGUAAAGACCAAUUUCUUGCUUGUUUUAGCCAUUCAGAACUGAAGCACAUCUUACCCACCUGCAUCUCAUUAAUACAAUGUAAUUGUUUUAUAGUUGUUUGCAAUGUACUGCUGCUGUUAUUUUAACUGGUCCUUUUAAAAACAGAACAAACGUGCGGAAAACCCAGAGUUGCUGAUUUUGCAAGCCAAGGAUUUGACGAGAUUGAUUUUGCUGGUACAUGACUGCUAGACUUAUGAAGGCAUUACCAAUGAAGGACUUCUGAAGUACUUUGGAGGGCAUGUAGGGUUUUUUUGACCUUUGGAUCAUUGCACUGUUUGCAUCGCAAAGGAAUAUGAAGUUUUGGAAUAGCGCUAUAGAAGAGCUAUCAAGCGGUGAAAAUCUUGUGAAGGGUUUAAUAACCAGAGUCCCUGGAAUUCUGCUGCUUUUUUUUUUUGUUUGUUUGUUUGUUUCUUUCUUAGUUUUUGGCAGAGUUGUCAGAAAUAGCUCCUAUACUUAGAAUUCAGGAAAAUCUAGGAAUUCCUGGUGCAGAGCUGUAACGUUACAGGUAACCAGAGGAGCUCGACAACAGUGUGAAACUGUGGUAUGUUGUGCGAGCAAAUCUGGAGGACCAACCACAAAGUGCUUCAGCUUUUUUUCUCAUAGCAGCUGCUUGUGGAUUCUUGAAUUUUUUUUUUCUUCCUUUUUUUUCUUUUUUUCUUUUUUUUUAAAAUCAACACGCACACAUAAAUACCCACAAAAACAAGCCAGAUCCAUGAGGUUAGUGAUCCUGCCUAACCCCACCCAAAAUGGUGUUCCACAUAGGGGAUCUCAUAGAGCUCACAUGACAAAUAAGCCACUGGGACCAAAAAGAACCAUUCCAAAGGAACUGGGAAGGCAGAAAGUCUGCCCUUUACAGUUACUUUAUUUCUUUCUGUCUUCUAAAUAUUACACAUCUGUGCAGAGCACAGAGUCAGUAUUCAUUAUUCCUCAUCUCCAGGAGCUUGUCUGCUGCUUCAGAAGACCCCUCUUUUAUACAGCGUAGAAGAGGGGGAGAUGAAUCCUACUUUGGAUCCUGCCUUUGUAUUAUGUUGCAGUGGAACCUAUGAAAACUAACUAGAAUAGGAAGCAUUUCUGUCUAGCCGCCACCCAUAUAGUCUUGCAGAAAAUAGAAGUAUCUAACCCAUUGUUUUGAUGUUGGAAACAGGUGCCAAAAUUUCACUUGUCAUCAUCUAAGGGGUAUCCAUUUUUAAUGCAAUGGCAUUCACUUCAACAAUUCUGUGAUUUAAUUUUUUUUCCUGAAAGUGAAUCGUUCUUGCAAGGGACUCAAGUUGAAACUAAACGACCUGCUGAUCCCAAAUAGAAGUGGAAAAAGUUGGUAAGGCUUAAAAUGUUUUAGACAGAGUUGGAUUUACUGUCAAUGUGAGUAAGUUGGAAACACCUCAUAGCAUAUGUCUGUGGGAAGAACAGGAUUGCAGGAAAUCCUCUAUUAGGGAUCUCUUGUGGAUCCCUGUUGGCCAAGACUUGAAUUCCUGCAGAUUUUUUUUCACCGCAUUCUGAAGUUCUCUGUGUUGCAAUUGCUGUGACCUGUCUCUUCACCCAGUGUUUUCUCUUGCUGUUGCUUAUCUACAUCUAUUCACUUUCCAGGCUCAAAGUUCCACUGUGUGGUAAUUGCAUCUCCUGAAUUUCUUUUUCAGCCUUUUUCCCAUUUGGGGCCUGCUUAAGAAGGGAAAAGUUGAUGUGUUUCAAAUAAGUGACUGUUAGUUAAAUAUCUUGAAAUGAUGUACAAAUUUUAUUGUUUUCAUAUUUGUUGUACAGGAAAUUUCAGCACAUGUCUAAAAUGUUGGUUUUUUUAAAUUUGAUUUGUUUUUAAAAAUAUAAAAGUAACGAUUAAAAAGCAUCAUCUGGAGCA